AUGACAGGAGUCUAUGAAAGGAGACUUCCCACCAUCAGAAGCAACGAUUAUUCUUCUACUUCUUCUUUCCAAGCUGCCGGCAUCAUGCACCAUCCCUCACAGGAUUCGCCCACCUUACCUGAGUCCACGGCCACCGACUCCGGCUAUUACAGCCCAGGAGGGGCCACCAGCCACCCGCACCAUGGUUACUGCUCGCCCACCUCUGCCAGCUACGGCAAGGCGCUCAACGCCUACCAGUACCAGUACCAUGGCAUGAAUGGAUCUGCUGCGGCCACUUACCCUGCCAAGACCUACGCCGAUUAUAGCUAUGGGAGCCCCUACCACCCUCACCACCAGUACGGAGGGGCGUACAACCGGGUGCAGCCUCCCAGCAGCCAGCCAGAGAAAGAAGUAGCAGAGCCGGAGGUGAGGAUGGUGAAUGGGAAACCAAAGAAAAUCAGGAAACCCAGAACGAUAUACUCCAGCUUCCAGCUGGCAGCUCUGCAGAGGAGAUUCCAGAAGACACAAUACUUAGCGCUGCCCGAGCGAGCCGAGCUGGCCGCGUCCUUAGGACUGACACAGACACAGGUGAAAAUCUGGUUUCAGAACAAAAGAUCUAAACUUAAGAAGAUCAUGAAGAAUGGAGAGAUGCCUCCAGAGCACAGCCCAAGUUCCAGUGAUCCCAUGGCUUGUAAUUCUCCACAGUCCCCUGUGGUUUGGGAACCCCAAGGGUCUUCAAGAUCUCUCAGUCAUCACCCACAUGUGCAUUCCCAUCCUCAGACAUCCAACAACUCCCCAGCAUCCACCUACUUGGAAAACCCCAGUGUCUGGUACCCAACAAGCAACUCCCUCAACUCCCACUUACAAAACCACAGUUCCAUACAACAUCCAUUAGCGUUGGCUUCUGGGACACUGUACUAAGGAAAA